AUGGCUCUUCAUGCUCUACCAAAGCGAGCGCCUCGUGCAUUGCGGGCGCCCUUGACACGGCGCUUCGCGACUAGUCCCCGCACCGCUAGCUAUGCGGACACCUUACCAAAUCUCAAGAUUGGCGCACAUACCAAAGUACUCUUUCAAGGAUUCACGGGAAGACAGGCUACUGCCAAUGUCAAAGAAUCGCUGGCAUGGGGUACUCAGAUUGUAGGGGGCGUCAAACCUGGCGUAGAAGGCGAACAUCUGGGCUUGCCCGUGUUUCCAUCUGUGAAAGCGGCUCAAAACAAGGCAAAGCCUGAUGCCUCCGCCAUUUAUGUCCCUGGCAAUCAGACAGCCCAAGCCAUUGAAGAAGCCAUUGAAGCGGAAAUCCCACUAAUCGUUGCCGUGGCAGAGCACGUACCGAUUCACGAUAUCCUCCGGGUACGACUUCUUCUCUGGGAUCUUUUUUCAAAAUCUAACCAUCGACAGAUUCACUCCAUGCUUCAAACACAAUCCAAAACCAGGUUGGUUGGCGCAAACUGUCCUGGUAUCAUAUCGGCCAUCGGAAAGUGCCGGAUUGGCUUCCAGCCUUUACCUUGUUUCGCGCCGGGUAAUAUAGGCAUAGUGGCAAAGUCGGGCACACUCAGCUACGAAACUGUGGCAUCAACUUCCCGAGCUGGACUCGGUCAAAGUCUGUGCAUCAGUAUGGGUGGAGAUGUGUUGGCUGGUACCAACUUUGUGGACGCUUUGAGCAUCUUUGAACAUGACCCCGAGACCGAGGGUAUUAUCUUAGUUGGUGAAAUUGGUGGCACGGCUGAGAUGGAUGCCGCAGAGUGGAUUACGGAUUAUCGGAGAAGAACUGCAGACCCCAAGCCUAUCAUGGCCCUUGUUGGUGGGCUGGAGGCACCACCUGGUCGAAUCAUGGGACACGCUGGCGCUUGGGCAGCACCUGGAGAGCCAAAUGCGGAAAUGAAGUAUAAAACACUAGAACGCGCUGGUGCAGUCAUGGUAAACCACCCAGAGAAAUUUGGCGAGGGGAUGAAGAGUCUUUUGGGUAGUCGUUCUGUUCGCCCGAGCACAAGCUCGGUAUCUGGGCUUCAGUCGUCCAAAAGAAGCUUCCACACCAUGAGACGGGUCCCUCCCAUCUUGAGGCAGACUCCUGGGCAGAAGCGCAGCUUAUACAUCAAGCAGUUCCAGGCAUUCGACAUUCUCGAGCAGAAGGGCGUUUCUGUCAGCACAUCGGCUUCUAGUUCUGAUGUUUCGGUUUCGAUCACAGUUGAUCGUACAGCACUUUCUCCGUGCGUAAUUGCCGCACCGACUGCGGAUUCUAACACGGAUGAAUCGCAGAAGUUUCCAUUUCCGUAUACCCAGGCUACAUUCGAUGGAACCUCGGUGAUUACUGCUGUUGCCUCCCACCUAGGUCUUCCGACAUCGAGCCACAGGCAACUUUCCACUUUUGUACAAUCUCUGUGGGAGAUAUACAAGGAGAAGGAAGCCUUUGUGCUGGAGACACAAGCUGGGAUAACGGCAGCUGGGUCAUUUGAGGUACACGGUGCGCGCUUUGGGUUUGACGAUGCUGCAUUCCGCAGCUCUGGUCGCCAGGAAAAUAUUCACAAUCUUCGAAACAUCGCUGAGGAGGUACCAGAAGAGGUUGAAGCUGAAAAGGAUGGAAUUGUAUAUGUCAAAUUGGAAGGGGAAGGUAGUGUUGGAACAUUAGUCAAUGGGGCUGGUCUCGCCAUGAACACAGUUGACGCGCUCACCAUCCAUGGCGGUCGAUGCGCCAACUUCCUUGACACUGGUGGUAAAGCCACGUCCGAAACUGUCAAGUCGUCAUUCCGAGUCAUCUGCUCCGACACACGUGUGAAAGCCAUUUUUGUCAAUAUAUUUGGUGGUUUGACGCGCUGCGAUAUGAUUGCCGAGGGUAUUAUCUUGGCUUUCCAGGAUUUAAAGAUGAAGGUCCCCGUUGUGGUACGGCUGCGCGGUACGAAUGAAGAGCUCGGACAGAAAAUGAUCGCAGAAAGUGGUCUUCCAUUGCAUGCUUUCGAUGGGUUCGAGGAGGCUGCGAAGAAGGUGAUUGCAUUGGCCAAGAAUCAAUAG